UCCGUUGGCAUGUAGAUGCUCGCCUAUCAUAGAUGAUGUAGAACUACCAAUAUCUGUGGUGAUCCGGACCAGUCAUAUGGUGGGUUCCAAGAUGGCUGGGCCACGGCCCAGAAACGCACGAAUUAGAUGACUCCAACCCGAUCUAAUGAAUCACACUAGAACACUCGAUUCCGUACAUCACUACGCAUCGUUAAUUGAGAAAUGCAUAACAACAAAACAUCUCGGCCAUGGAAAGCUCCUGCACUCGCACCUCAUCAAAACCGCUCUCAAUCUCAAUGUCUUCCUCUCCAACCGACUCAUCGACAUGUACGCCAAAUGCAGCGAUUCCUUGGAAAGCGCCCAAAUCGCUUUCUGCGACCUUCCCACCAAAAACACCCAUUCCUAUAACACCAUCAUCUCAGCGUACUGUAAAGCUGGCCUGUUCGGAAACGCACACAAGCUGUUCGACGAAAUGCACCAACCAAAUAUCGUUAGCUAUAAUUCCAUGAUUUCAGGAUUAACCCAUCAUGGGCGGCACGAAGAAGCCAUAGAUGUCUUCCGUGCGAUGCAGAAGCAUUGGGGCCGCCCUCUCAUUGACAAGUUCACGCUCGUCAAUGUGGCAAAUGCUUGUGCCAGCCUUGCAGCGGCGGAAUUGCUCCGUCAGGUCCAUGCCGUCGUGAUUGUUGUCAGCUUGGAGCUGAACCUCAUCAUGUAUAAUGCCCUAGUUGACGCGUAUGGGAAGUGCAGUGAUGUGGAUUCUUCCCGCUGGCUUUUCGACCAAAUGCCAGAGAGGGAUGUCGUGUCGUGGACCUCAAUGGUUGUUUCUUAUGCGCGAGUAUGCAGGUUGGAAGAAGCUUGUUGUGUUUUUUAUUCAAUGCCUGUCCGGAAUUCUGUUUCGUGGACAGCAUUGAUUGCUGGGCAUGCACAAAAUGGGCAGGGCGUUAAGGCUUUAGCUGCCUUUGAACGAAUGCGGGAAGAGGGAAUUUCACCAAGCACUUUCACAUUUGUUAGUGUGCUAAAUGCCUGCGCGAGCCUUGCACUCAUCGAACGUGGAAAACAAGUCCACGGACACAUCAUGCGGAGUCGCAUGGGAGUUGAAUUCUUGAAUGUCUUUAUCUAUAAUGCUUUGAUUGACAUGUACACAAAAUGCGGGGACAUGAAUUCAGCUGUGGCAUUGUUUGAGAGGAUGCCUGAAAGAGAUGUUGUAUCCUGGAACUCAAUAGUUACUGGGUUUGCUCAGAAUGGGUAUGGGAAACAAUCACUCUUCACUUUUGAGAGAAUGAUUGAAGCAGGCAUUGUGCCAAACCACGUCACAUUUCUUGGGGUGCUAUCUGCUUGCAGUCAUGCAGGUCUAGUAUCGGAGGGACGUCAGUUCUUGGACUCAAUGCAGAGGAAGUACGAUGUACGUCCAAGAUCAGAGCAUUACGCUAUCCUAAUUGACACUUUUGGGCGAAGUAAUCAACUUGAAGAAGCAAUGGAGUUGAUAAAGAGUGCACCUUAUGGGUCAGAUAGUGUCGGAAUGUGGGGUGCUCUCUUGGGUGCCUGUCGUGUGCAUGGAAACUUGGAUCUUGCAAGAAUGGCAGCUGAAUCACUCUUUAAUCUGGAGCCUGAGAAUGCUGCAAGAUAUGUCAUGUUGUCAAACAUUUACGCUGCUGCAGGCAGAUGGGACAAUGCUCGUCUAGUGAGGAGCCUCAUGAAGGAGAGAGGACUAAAGAAAGAUCCUGGUUAUAGUUGGAUUGAGGUGAGGAAUGCAAGGCAUCAGUUUGUAGCUGAUGACAGGUCACACGAUCAGACAGAAGAGAUAUAUGAAAUGUUAGCGAAACUGGUUGAUCGAAUGAAGGAAGCAGGAUAUCUUCCUGACAACAGUUGGUCUUUUACACCAGGUGAAGAGGAUGGAAUGUUUUCAUUGGAGUAAACAUGCGGGAAGCGAAACGUCGUGCUAUCUUUAGCUGAGAUUGUUUGUAUUCUUUUCUACCUUACAUUAAAUUGGAAAGAAAAAUUUUGCUGUGU